AUGGAACUGACAUUAGAGGCCUAUCGAAACAUUGUCAAAAAUGUUGGGAAUCGCGCCGAUAUCGCUUCCUUAUGUAGAGUAUCCAGAGGUUUCAAGCGUGUUGCAGAGCGUGCCCUGUAUAAUACGCUUUUCAUGCGGAACGACGAAGAGACGGUGAUUCUAUGCAACACUCUGGCCAAUUCGCCGCAGCUGGCCGUCCACGUUGAUGCUCUUACAAUUAUGUUAUCCGACGAAGAAGGAGACGACAGCGAGGGUGAAGACGAAGAUAUCGACGAAUCCGACGAUGAGAAACUGCCCCCUGUUGAUAUGGAUUGGCAUUCAGUUGCUCGAGCUUUGGAGAAGACGGUGUAUCUUCGAUAUCUUAAUAUACAUAUCAACAAUGGUACGACAUCUGCAGUUUCCUGGGUUCUCGAGCAUGCCACCUUCCAACUGCGUCGGUUUCAUUCUGACUUCGAUUGGGACCAAGGCCUUGUACGUUUCCUCAACAAACAAGGCAAACUAGAAGACUUGUACAUACAAGAUUAUAGGGAUAUUGACGACUCGGCUACGCCAACCACAUCGGAACCCCUGCCAUCACGAUCUCUUAGGUUGGAAUCCUCAUCCAUCCCCCAGCUCUCUACAUUGGAAUGUACAUUCUCCGAGGCAGCCAUGGCUCUGGUACCCGGUCGCCCUGUCACGCACCUCAAAACUUGUUUUUCGAGGACAGAACUCGAUGCCAAGAAAAAGGAAAUGAACGACCUCUUGACCUCCACAGGAGCAUCCACUUGCCCCAUGAGAUCUCUCGAUAUCGCCGAUUCAUCCUACACCGAGAGAUUUUCGGCAAUCUUGCUCUCAGCCAUCUCAGAAAGACGAACAUUAGUGCGUGAGCUGCGGCACCUGGGAACCUUCGUUCUUCCCAUAGACGGUAGAGAACGCCUCCAAUUCUAUGGUCUGCUUAUGCGAUUUCCCCAGAUCCGUUCUAUUGAGCUGGAGGUCUCAAAUUGGCAACCACCACCAUCUUCUCCAGCUGCCCUUAGAGCGCUCGCCAGCGAGUUGCGCCUCUACAACCCCACGGUCACCAAAAUUGUUUUUGUUCACGACUUUGACCGGAGUGUGGUCACAGCGGUAAAAGGUAUCUGCCGAGUGGAUCCAGAGAUCAAUACGGAUCUGUUAUGGAGAGAAAAAUAG